AUGGGUAAAAACGAAGGCCAACGAAAACCAAAAUCUCAGAAGGGAGCAAUCACAUCAAGCCAAGCUGCUUCGAUUGUUUCAUCAUCGGGUAGUAGCACGAUGGGAUUCGGAAGCUCUCUGAUGGCAGCCUUCAAUAAGAAAGCUGGUGUUGGAUCAUCAUCAGCAGCCACCUCAUCCGUCGAUUCUUCAUCUAGUCUUGAUCCAACGGUUCAAUCCUAUUUAAAACAUUUGAACAAGAGAGAUCCAACAACCAGAAGCAAGGCUUUGCAAUCACUCACACAAUACAUUUCGGAAAAAGCAGACGAAGAGCAAAUCUCCAUCUGCAAACAAUUACUUGCAAAUAUGGAAGAUGUGUUUAAACGUAUUGCUGUUCUCGAUCUUGACAGAAAAGUACGACUCCAUUUGUUCGUGUUGUGGAAAUUGAUUGUUCAAAAAGUUGGUAAACAACUAGGACAUUACAUUAAGAAAUUAAUGCCAUAUUGGUUGAUGGAAAUGGUCGGAAUUGAUGACAAGGAUGUUUCCAAGGCUGCUGUCAGCGCCUUUCAUCAAGCUUUUGCAGCCGACAAAAGAGAUGCAGCUAUUUUAUAUUGUGACACUGAAAUUAUGAGUGUAUUGUUUGAAAAUUUCAAUCAGACUGUGGAAUCAUUGAGUUUAAGUGAAACGGAACAACAAAGCAUUACUAAAGAAGAAGCAGAAGAGAGGUAUUCCCGAUUUAUUACAAGCUCAAUUCUCAUGCUUAACAAGAUGAUUGAUCUUUCAAUGCAACCAAAAAAGGAUGACACUGGGCAACAACAGACAGUGACGCUCGAUGAAUCAUAUUCUAAAAUUUUCCGUUCCAAGAACUUUUGGAAAUUCUUAGGAAUCAAAUCUUAUAACAAUAUCAGAGAGGCAAUGAGUAGACUUUCUAUUACCUUAUUGAAGAAUGACUUGUUGUCAAAAGAUGACACAGAGGUGAUGGAACAUAUUGUACCAUUUAUUGCUCCAAUAUUUAUUGGAUGUUUUAAUCAACAACCAUUGGAACGAACCACUCUCGACUCGUUGAUUUUAUUUUUACAAAAAUUUGCACCUGAAUGCUGGACCCAUGUGAAUAUUUGGAAACAAACCUUUCCUCGAUUUUUCUCCUUCUUGAGAGACCCACCAAAUCCUUCAACAAACUAUUCUGUUGUGUUACCUUUUGUCUCCAUGCUCAACACUGAUGUGUAUGGAGCUGAAAAAUCAGUCAAAUUUGUGUCAGAUCUAUUUGAAAAUAUUUGGACCGGAUUUGAAAAGGUUUCUUCGUCGACCAAACAAAGUACAAAAGCAGACAAAGACGCAAUUAUUGACACUCUUUGUGACUGUAUUAUUUACAUCACAUUGCAACUAGACAAGUACGCAAAGGAAGAUAGCAAAGCUGAAGUAUUGACUUUGGCAAGAAACACUCUAGUGAAGACAUGCACAUACUACCUGUCAAACUCAUGCACUGUUAAUUUUGGAAAGUACCUCACGACUGCUAUUGGAAAAUUACAAUCAAAAACCGAACUUUCAGAUUACAUGUCCCAAUUCUGGACCCAAACGACAGAGUUCUGUUUGGCCAAUUUAGAUAAGAUUGACAUGGUCUCUAUUGAAAUUUUCAUUUCUAGAUGUUCCAAAGCAGACAAUACCGACCACAUUUUGAACCUUGCGAACACCUUAUUCCAAAAGUCAAUGAAAACUGGUCAGAUUGGGGUUGCCUCUGCUAUUGCAUUCGCUAACAACUCGGUGUUAUCGAGUGCCUUGUUUGAAGAAAGCUUGGAAACACUCUGGCAAAUCAAUCAACAAAACGAGCACGUUCAACAAUUGACAGGCUUGUAUUUCACACAAUUUCCAGAUCAAUUCAACAAGUUGGAAAAGCUCCUUGAGCAAGACAUCAAGUCAAUGUCUAGCUCUGCCUCACUUUUCCCAUUCCUUCGAUCCUUGUAUUCUGAAGACAGCAACUUUAACCAAACAAGUUUGUCUUUAGAAAAAUCCCUUCUUGCCAGAAAAGAUUUAGAUAGCAUUGAGCAUUUAACCGGUCACAAACUUUUCACAUCCAAGCAAGAACUCCGAACUCUUUUAACAUCUAUCAUUGAUCAACACCAAGAUACUGAAGAGAGAGCUGUUGAAUUUAUCAUGGCUACUCCAGGAGAAUUCAGCGUCGAUAUUAAUGUCUUGCUAUCCUUAUUCAAAGCGUCUCAUUAUGAUGUGCUUUUCCAACUUCUCUCUCCAAAGAAAGAGCAUUUCGAGGAAGAGGAAAUGGCCGAACUUGAAGAAGACGGGGAAGAAGCACACAAGGAAGAAGAAUUCAAGAGCGUUGUCACGGAUGAAAUGAAGAAUGAACUUUUCGAAAAGAUUUCAUCUUACCUCAAAGAGGCUCUCACCACACAUCCAACCUUAACGAACGACAUGUUGUUGGAGCAAUUCUUGAAACUCAUGGAAAUUUCUGGCACUAAAAACUUUGGUGAUUCUGUUCUUUUGAACACUACCAACGAUCAAGUGUGGUCUUUCAUUAGAGGUAAAUGCGCCUCCAAUCUCAAGCCAAUUAUUAUUGGAAACGAAGUUAUUUGGAACAAUACCAAAACUACCAAUUUGAAUGAGCUUGAAAAGUCCGUCUUCAUGUACAGCAGAUUAAUAUGUGUGGCAUUGGAUUUUGUUGACACCGUUUACAAGAAUGAUGUCAACACGCGAGAAAACAGAUGGGAAUGGCUACUCCAAGAAGUUCUCCAUUCCUACUACUUUGAAUUCCUUUUCAAUGAUUACACUAAAAACUUGAUUAAUGAAUUCCUUUCCAACGUACAAAAGAAGGAUGGAUUGAAUAUUGAAUUUUGUAAUUACUUGGCACAGAGACACGAACUAGAACUUUUGAAAAUUUAUGUCUCUAUGAAUUCUGCAAGUGUCUCUCAAUUGGAUUGCAAUCGGUUGCUCUUUGGCUCAUUAGAAAAUGUCAAUCAAGUCAUUGAAGACAAAAACAAGUCGAGUACUUUUUAUGAAAUUGCUGAUUCUCUCUUUGACAAUGAUACCAAUCUCGCCAAUCUCAAUAUUGACUCUGAGAAAGUUACUGAAUGGCUUCUUGGCUGUAUUAGUAUCAGUAGCACUUUGGAUCAAUUGCAAAAUCAAAGCGAAUACGACCACCUUAAUUUGAUUAAGGUUCAAGCAGCAUUGUCGAUCAUGUACUGUCGAUUGAAAAUGAGUUCAAGUUCUGAACAAACUGAUGAAGAAAUUACUGUGGAUUCCAUUAUUGACUUUGCAAAAGAAUUUUAUGAAAUGAUCAAACAGAAAAAUCCAACUCAAAUGAGCAUUAUUGUUUCGAAUCUAUUGAUCAAUGCAUACACCACAACGAGCAAUAUUAUAAGCGAUCAUUCCUUUGUUGAGGAAUUUAUUCUAAGUAAUCUGCAACAAAUCUCAUUGGAAGAUCAUUUUGAGCUGUUAGACAAAAUUGUUCAUUUGGCUGCCUCCGUUGCUCAGAAAAAUAAGAAUAUCAAGAUUGUAAGACAAUUAAUUGAUACAUUCUUGUUGUUGAACAGACAAUCGAAAAUUCUAUCCAUGCAAUACCCAAUUGUCAUGGAGAGACUCAUUACUAGAACUUCAAAAUAUUUGAAACCUCUUCAACUUGCUCUCAAAUACUCAGAAAUCAAAUUAGAUCCAACACUCAUUCCUGAAAUUGUGGAUAUUAUUGAAUGUAGUCCAAUCACAAAUGCAAAAAUUGUUUCCGUUGAUUUGUUGCUACUCACAGAUUAUCAUAACGAUAUUGAUCGAAUUAUUGACUUUAUGGAACGUAUGAAGAGUCAUAUUUCUGAACAUUUCAAUUCCAUUUUGAAAGAAAGCGCAGUUCGUAACAAGCAUUUGACUCAAUUUGCACACCUCUACUCUGAAUACAGUAAUGAUAAUAAUAAUGAACUGCCCUAUCUCCUUGCAUGGUACUAUAUUUUAUCAUUGACAGAAAAUUCAAUUCUUUCACAACAAAGUGACUCGGAUUUAUUCACCAAACUCAAAGAGAAUCAAAUGUAUGCUCCAGUAUUGAGUUUAUUGACAUGUUUCUUAUAUAGUGGUGAAGAUACCAUGCUUUCAUUGGAAUUUAGAGAGUUUUGUGAUGAUUUAAUGUACAAAUUUUCAAAGGUACUACCUCUCUUUGUUCGAACAUGGUUCAAUGAUUGUAAUGAUACCAUUGCUAUUGAUUGGAUUCAAAAGAGAUUUUUGGAAGUUUAUAGUCCUGCAAUUGUGAAAGAAGAAAUUUCAAAAAUUAAGAAAUCAGAUGCUCUCACCAAAUCGUUGGGUGCAAAAAUCUCAAUGGGCAAUCAAAUUAUUGCAAAAUAUGAGCAAGAUGAAGUAGUGUUAAAACUCACGAUCAAGAUUCCAGAUUUGUAUCCUCUCAAAGCUCUUCAAAUUGAAUCGGAUGAACACUCAGCUGUGAAUGAGAGCAAGUAUAGAAAGUGGAUCUUGAAAAUGACAACCAUGCUCUUCAGUCAAGUCACGAGCAAUGGUGUCUCUGAUGUACUCAUGUUGUGGAAAGAUAACUUGGAAAAGUACUUUUCUGGAGUUGAACCAUGUCCAAUUUGUUACUCGGUGGUGUCAGGACGAGAUCAUCAAUUGCCAAAAAUCGAAUGCAAGGUGUGUCACAACAAAUUCCAUGGUGCUUGUUUGUAUCGUUGGUUCUCCACGAGUGGAAACCAGUCGUGCCCAAUGUGUCGUUCAGUUGGCCAAUUUAAAUAA